ACACUUUAGAAACUACACUGCAGUUAAUGCUUAACAGUCUGUUUUUAUGUUUAAUCCAGUAGUAGCUGUAGCUGUGCUCUCAUGGCUUGUUUGUAAAGUUUUCAAUCUUCUUUUGGGUUUUAGAUCCAGAAAUUGAUGGCUGUGAGGAAAUCAUGGCUGUGAGGAAAUCACAGUUGGACUGUGUCUUUGAGGAGUCAGGAAGUGAUUCCUCUGGGUCUGAACUAUGCAGCCACACCGGAUUGGACCCAGAUUACAAGCCACCUCUGAAUGCAUCAUCAUCCAGUGAUGAGGAAGAUUUGAAAAGCCCAGGCAAAGCUAAGAAAUUGUCCAGUAAAGAAGAUUUCAAAGGUCCAGACACAAAUUCAAGUGAAGAUGAAGAUCCGCAAGGAGGCAAAAUAACCAUUAGGAAAAAAAAGAACACAAAAACGUAUGCAAAAAUACAAAAUAAAGAACAAAAGAGGACCAAAAAAGUGACUGUAACCGUGACUGUAAAAACUUGUACAAAAAGAGAAGACAACAAACGUGCAUGGGACAAAAGGCACUAUUGCCUCUACUGUGGCCAAUCAAACUCUAAGAUGGCAAGGCAUUUGCAGAGAAAGCAUGUGGAGAUCAAGGAUGUAGCAUAUGCCUUCAGUUUCCCUUUAGGAUCGAAAGAAAGAAAGGUUCUUUUGGAACAACUGCGAAAUAAAGGUGAUUUUAAGCACAAUAGCAAAGUCCUGGCAAAAGGCAGAGGAGAACUAGUGACAUGGAAGCAGCCCUCUCAUAAAUCAUCUGUUAAGGAUUAUUUGCCUUGCACAUUUUGUUUUGGAAUGUUUGCUAAAAAGGAUUUGUGGAGACAUCAGUCAUCAUGCAACAGCAAAAAGUCAUGUGUGCCAGUAGACGAAAAAAAGACAAGAGGAGCAGUACAAAGUCUUGCUGCACGCCUCCUUCCAAUAACGGCUUCUUCCAAUGGAUGUCAGGGUAUCAUAAACAACAUGAGACAAGAUGAUGUGUCCUUUCACAUCAGAAGUGAUUCUUUGAUUUGCAAAUAUGGAGAGUCACUCUAUGCAAAACACGGCCGUAUGAAGUCCAGGCACCAGUACAUUGCACAAAGGAUGAGGGAGCUUGGCCGAUUCAUGUUAGCUGCUAAAGAUAUGGACAAAACAGUGAGGAGUCUGGAAGAUGUAUGUGCACCAUCAAAAUUCCAGCUUGUUGUCAGUGCAGUAAAGAGGCUUACCGAGUUUAGUCCAGGCAAAAAUGAGUAUGGUAAACCUUCAACAGCUGUUAAAAUUGGAUUCUGUCUUAAGGGAGCUGCAGAGGUACAGAUUGGGCAGGCUCUUAUGCAUGAUGAUGAUCAGGCAGAGAAGAAGGCAAAAAAGUUCUUGGAACUUUUGGAAAGAAACUGGAGAAACAAUGUUUCUGUCAGUGCUCACCAAACUAUCCAAGAAAAGAGAUGGAAUAAAAAAGAGGACAUCCCCCUCACCAAAAAUGUGAUUGCGCUGAGGGAUCAUCUCAGGAUGGUAGAAGACAAAGCAAGAGGGGAAUUGAGGCAUCAGCUGAGUUUAACAGCAUACAAGACACUAAAUGAGACAGUACUAGCACAGGUCAUCGUCUUCAACAAGCGACGUGAAGGGGAAGCAUCGCGCUUGACACUUGAAGCCUACAAGAAAGGAAGCACAAAUCCCAUAAACGAGGACAUUUAUGUAACCCUGUCACCACUGGAGAAAGAGCUGAGCAAGCGAUUAACUCGCAUCGAAGUACGCGGAAAAAGAGGGAGAAAGGUACCUGUUUUCUUGACAGACAAAAUGAGGGAGUCCAUAGACUUGUUGAUUAAAAGGAGAGAUGAAGCUGGUGUUCUUGCUGAAAAUCCCUAUCUCUUUGCAAGACCCGGUGUGAUGACGAACAUACGAGGGUGUGACUGUCUGCGAAAAUAUGCAGAGAAAAGCGGAGCAGAAAACCCUGAACUCCUGAGGUCAACUAAAUUAAGAAAACAGGUUGCCACACUCUGCCAACUGCUGGAUCUGAGUGAACAAGAGCUAGAACAAGUUGCAAGGUUCAUGGGGCAUGACAUCAGAGUUCACCGUGACUUUUAUAGACAGACAGACAAAACAUUUCAAAUUGCCAAGAUAAGCAAGCUUCUAUUUGCAAUGGAACAAGGCGCCUCCACCUUCACGGGAAAGAACCUCGAUACAAUUGAUCUUUCUAUCCGUGGUAAAAGUCCCACGUCGACUUCUGGGAGUGUCCCACAGAGAAAAAGGAAACGAGUUAACGAGGUGGAUGAAGAUGGAGGUUCUGACCUCUUGUCCCCCAAAAGGAGACUGGAGCCCCUCAGUGAAGAUAAGAGUUCAGAUGUAGAUGAUCAGAGUCCAGGAGAAAGGUUUGUGAAGAGGCCCUCGCAGAAGAAGAAAAGACGUAAAAAGUCCAAGACAGUGGAAGCAAUGGAUGGAGGUUCUGACCUCUUGUCCCCCAAAAGGAGACUGGAGCCCCUCAGUGAAGAUGGGAGUUCAGGUGUAGAUGAUCAGAGUCCAGGAAAAAGCUUUGUGAAGAGGCCCUCACAGAAGAAGAAAAGACGUAAAAAGUCCACGACAGUGGAAGCAAUGGAUGGAGGUUCUGACCUCUUGUCCCCCAAAAGGAGACUGGAGCCCCUCAGUGAAGAUGGGAGUUCAGGUGUAGAUGAUCAGAGUCCAGGAAAAAGCUUUGUGAAGAGGCCCUCACAGAAGAAGAAAAGACGUAAAAAGUCCAAGACAGUGGAAGCAAUGGAUGGAGGUUCUGACCUCUUGUCCCCCAAAAGGAGACUGGAGCCCCUCAGUGAAGAUGAGAGUUCAGAUGUAGAUGAUCAGAGUCCAGGAAAAAGCUUUGUGAAGAGGCCCUCACAGAAGAAGAAAAGACGUAAAACGUCCACGACAGUGGAAGCAAUGGAUGGAGGUUCUGACCUCUUGUCCCCCAAAAGGAGACUGGAGCCCCUCAGUGAAGAUGGGAGUUCAGGUGUAGAUGAUCAGAGUCCAGGAGAAAGCUUUGUGAAGAGGCCCUCGCAGAAGAAGAAAAGACGUAAAAAGUCCAAGACAGUGGAAGCAAUGGUGCCACCCGUAGUAAAGGUGAAGAGACCGUGGAGUGAAGCAGAGAGGAGUGCGGUAAACAAACACAUGGCAAAGUUUAUGGCAGAGCGCCGCGUUCCAGGUAAAGAACACUGCAUGCGAUGCAUAAAAGAGGAGGAAGCCUUGGGUCAAAGAUCCUGGAAGGAUGUAAAGAACUUUGUGUACAACACAAAUGUCACAUUAAACCGGAGGUGUGCUACACGGCAGCUUCACUUUUGAAGAUCUUUAUUGUGCAAUAUAAUGUUGUGUUCUAGUUGAUAAUGUCUGGUGCAGUUCUUUUGAUGCUUUGUGCACUAGUGUUCAAGUGGUGUUUUAAAACAUAGAAAUAAGAAAAUAUUUGUGCAAUUAAUAGAUUAUUAAAAUAAAUGUGCCUUAAUAGUUUGUUUUAUAAAAUGUCAGAACAUUUUGAAAAACACCUAAAACAAAGUGUAAGGUUGUCUUCAGGUUUAUUUUGUCCAACUGACAGUUGUUGUGACACGUUUAUUAUCACAAGUGAGAAAGAAAGCAGCAAAUUCUCAAAGUUGAUGUUUAAACAAACUGAAAUAAAUGUUCUGAUAACUAAGAGUUAACACUUAUUGUUUUUUAUUGCUUUACUUUAGUUCAGAAAUACAUCUGUGCUUUUGUGCAGUAGUUUGAUCAAUGGUCACAUCAUUUGUAUAUAUUCUGCUUCUGUAUAUGAACCUCAAACUGCAACUCUUCAAAGACUCUCCACUUGAUGUAUUAUUACAUUAUUUGUCUGUUCUAAAACAUAAAAUGG